CUUGUUCGUUCUCUGCUAGUAUAAAUUUCACUCAACAAAUUACUACAAUUAGGGAAUUCUCGACGAAAUAGCUCGCGAAAAUGGUGUUGGCAGAUUUAGGAAGGAAAAUUACCUCGGCCCUGAGGUCGUUGAGUAAUGCAACGGUCAUCAAUGAAGAGGUUUUAAAUGCUAUGCUCAAGGAGAUAUGCGCCGCAUUACUCGAAUCCGAUGUCAACAUCAGGCUGGUCAAGCAACUCAGAGAAAAUGUGAAAUCAGUCAUUGAUUUCGAUGACAUGGCUGGUGGUUUGAACAAGCGCCGUAUGAUCCAAAGUGCAGUCUUCAAAGAGCUAAUCAAGUUGGUAGAUCCAGGAGUGAAGCCUUAUCAGCCUGUCAAGGGGCGACCAAAUGUGAUCAUGUUUGUUGGUCUACAAGGUUCUGGUAAAACCACAACUUGCACAAAGUUGGCCUACCACUAUAUGAAGAAAGGCUGGAAAUCUUGUCUUGUCUGUGCCGAUACCUUCCGUGCUGGUGCUUACGAUCAGUUGAAGCAAAAUGCCACCAAAGCCAGAAUUCCCUUCUAUGGAAGCUACACAGAAGUUGAUCCGGUGGUUAUUGCCCAGGAGGGUGUUGAUAUGUUCAAAGCGGAGAAUUUUGAGUUCAUCGUGGUGGAUACAAGUGGCCGACACAAGCAAGAGGAUUCUCUUUUCGAAGAAAUGUUGCAAGUUUCAAAUGCUGUGAAACCAGACAACAUUAUCUUCGUGAUGGACGCUUCCAUCGGUCAAGCUUGCGAGGCGCAAGCCCGUGCUUUCAAAGAAAAAGUAGAUGUCGGUUCAGUUAUCAUCACAAAGUUGGAUGGUCACGCCAAGGGUGGUGGUGCCCUCAGCGCUGUGGCUGCCACGCAGAGUCCCGUAAUUUUCAUUGGUACCGGAGAGCAUAUCGACGACCUUGAACCGUUUAAGACGAAGCCUUUUAUUAGCAAAUUGCUGGGGCUUGGUGAUAUCGAAGGCCUCAUAGACAAAGUCAAUGAGCUAAAGUUGGACGACAAUGAGGAACUCAUAGAAAAAAUUAAGCAUGGACAGUUCACUUUACGCGAUAUGUACGAACAGUUUACGAACAUCAUGAAGAUGGGACCGUUUUCUCAAAUCAUGGGGAUGAUACCGGGCUUCAGUCAAGAUUUCAUGACCAAAGGUGGUGAACAAGAGUCAAUGGCCAGACUCAAGAAAUUGAUGACAAUCAUGGAUAGUAUGAACGAUUCUGAGCUAGACAAUCAAGAUGGAGCUAAACUUUUCAGCAAACAACCUACGCGGAUGGCGCGGGUAGCCAGAGGGUCUGGCGUGACUGAACGUGAAGUUAAAGAAUUGAUUUCUCAGUAUACAAAGUUCGCAGCCGUUGUUAAGAAGAUGGGUGGUAUCAAGGGACUCUUCAAAGGAGGAGAUAUGACCAAAAAUGUGAAUCCCACACAAAUGGCCAAAUUGAAUCAGCAGAUGGCUCGUAUGAUGGACCCAUCAGUUCUCCAGCGAAUGGGUGGUAUGGGAGGAUUGCAGAAUAUGAUGAGACAACUUCAACAAGGGGCUGCCGGUGGCCUAGGAAACCUGAUGGAUUGGUCAUUUUUCGCCGUUUUUGACGGGCACUGCGGCUCGACUGUUUCAGCUCAUUGUGCAAGUCAUUUGUUGCCAACCAUUACAGAAACAGAGGACUUCAAGAAAAUUUCACCAAAGACAGCUGAAAUUGAUGAAGAAAACAACGAACUUGAAAAAAGCAUUAGAGGUGCCAUUCACGCGGGAUUUCUUAAAUUAGAUGAGACCAUGAGGCAAAUGCCGUGUGUGGUAAAGGGCGAAGAUAAGAGCGGAUCAACAGCAGUGUCCACAUUAAUUUCACCAACCCACUUCUACAUUGCUAAUUGCGGUGACUCGCGAGCUGUUUUGUGUCGAAACGGCGAGGCAGCCGUGUGCACGAUGGACCACAAACCGACAGUGGCUGCUGAAAAAAAAAGAAUACAAGACGCAGGCGGCUCGGUUAUGAUUCACAGGGUCAACGGAUCACUGGCAGUCUCAAGGGCUCUUGGUGACUUCGAAUACAAAAGCGUAGAAGGCAGAGGGCCGACCGAACAAUUGGUAUCUCCAGAGCCAGAAAUUUACGUCGAAACACGAAAGCCAGAUGAUGAGGACCAGUUCCUCGUUCUCGCGUGCGAUGGUAUAUGGGACGUUAUGACAAACGAGGACUUAUGCCAUUUUAUUCGUUAUCAAUUAACCAUCACGGAUGAUUUGUCAAAAGUUUGCGCGGCUGUCGUUGAUCAUUGCCUCUUUAAGGGAAGCCGAGAUAACAUGAGCAUAGUUUUGAUUACUUUUCCAGCAGCACCUAAACCUGUAAAAGAAGUGAUGGACUGCGAAAAGAAAUUCGAAGAUUGGAUCCAAGAGAAAACAUAUAAAAUCUUGGAAGAUGACCUACAUGCCGAAGUUAGUCGUAUCCUACAAAUGCUAAAUGAUGAAGAAAUUCCGGAUCAACCACCGCUUAGCUCCGUUGGCUCGAAACGAAGUUUCAUCGAGCAGGUGAUUAACGAUAAAUACGGCACAGACAAGGACUGACUACAUCGUUGCAGGCUUUAAAAAAAGAAGGGAAAUAAAGAAACAAAAAAAAAAAAAAAAAAAAAAAAAAAAAACAAAAAAAAAAAAAAAAAAAAAAAAAAUAAUUAUGGAAAACAUCUGGGGUAAAAACAUUAAAAUGUAUUAGAAAACCCAUCCCUUCUUUUAGUACUAAAUCACCUUUUUUUUUAAAAAAAACAUAGUAGGCAUAGGGGGGCAUAAUUUGUAUGUUUAAAUCAAGGUGGAUCAUAAUAAAACUUGGAGAACAGUUAUAAGGUCAUUUUACGGAGUUGAAUGAAUGGAAAAAUAAUUAACAAUUGUGAGACCCGUCCUUAAUUCAAAUAAUUUCAAAGUCGCCAAUCCGUUAAAAUUGUCGUUAUUGAACCCCUUGUUUUUUUCCUAAUAAUCAAUAUUUUUCGUACAUGAUUUCGUCUUAAGAAGCCCCACAAACUCGUUCUUAUUAACCUUUGUCAUUUCCAUUUAAAAGGAUUGAAUAAAUAAUACCAUUUA